AAAUUUUUCUACCAUUUCUUAUCAAAUCGAACUAUAAGGCUUACCUUCAAUUCCACUUACGAUGUCCAUUUGCUAUCAGUAUCAACAACACCAAAAGAUAACGAAUAAACCACGUCCUUAUCAAUGUCCCAUGUGCUUCAAAGCAUUCGUAAGACUAGAACAUCGUACGCGUCAUAUUAGAACUCAUACAGGCGAAAAACCUCAUGGAUGUACUUUUCCCGGCUGUCAAAAGCGAUUCUCAAGGACAGACGAACUCUCUCGUCAUCUCCGAACACAUACACACUGUAGACGUAAUAAUAGACAUUCAAAUGACCCAGAAGAUAUGCGAUACUAUGCUUCUGGACCCAUUUUAUUAACACCAGCAAGACCAUCACCACCACAGCAGCAAUCUGUAUAUUUAGCAUAUGAUCCUUAUCAUCACUCGGACUCGGAAAGCGACCAUGUUCUUACCCCCGAUAGUUCACCCACAUUUGGUCCCUCUCGAUCACUAUCUGCAUACUACACCAGUUUAACUUUACCACCUAUUCGCCACAAUUCCCCAUUUGAUGAACCAUCUGGUCCAGAACCCCCUAAAGAAUUACACCUCCCAUCCAUUCAGUUCUUGUUGAAUUAAUUCCUCUCUUUUAUUCCUACAUACCAUGUACAUAUCAUUACAUUUAUGAUUUAUAUACACCUUUAAUAUAAUAGCCAUAAUAAUAAAUAGAAUCUCCCUUCUCUUCACCCCUUCCUCUCGUUUUCCUUUCCCCUU